UUAGUAGAAGAUAAUAAAGUAAUGUAAAGGCACAGGCUUGCAGUGUGUUUCUACUAAGCACUGUGUAACACUAAACCCUACAUUACCAAAGGCCCUUCAUGGCAUAAUUUUGCGUACAGCAUUUCUGUUAUCCACGAGCACAGGCUGCAAAUAUAUUGGGAAUUAAAAAAAGAUCGCAAUACCUAGAUUUCCAUGUACCAUGCACACAGUAACGCGUAUCGCGACUUUUAAUACUAUUUAUUCGGGAUUGGUUUUGGAAUAUAUUUAUCUGUGUAACAACAGAAUAACAUCAAAGAAAACUAAAAAGUAGGUGGUUUACGUCCCUGCCCGAGGAAGACUUUCGAAAAGAUCUGUAUUUUGCUGUUGAAGGGUCGUACGCGCUUCCACCGAAUAAUAUGGCAGGUUGGGUGGACAAUAUUUUCGUAACCUUAGGCUGAAUAACGAGCGACGGACCAUCACGCACACAAUUUUUUUUCUGUAUUUUUUCCGCUUGAAAACGUUUCCUGGUAGCUGAUUAUUGGAGUGGUUGGGAAUAAGCGAGGUUGGAAUUCCGGCCUUUUAUCAUCCAGUGCUGUAUUUUUACGUACGUAAUACUAGAAACGUGUUUUGAGAAAAAGGGGACUUGAAGUCAGAAAAUAUUGCUUACUAUUUCUGCAGUUAAAAGCAAACAAAACAGAUAAAUAAAGGUAAAAUGGCACGUCCUCGGCCCAGGGAUUAUAAAGCCGGAGAGCUGGUUUUCGCCAAGAUGAAAGGCUACCCGCACUGGCCAGCUAGGAUAGAUGAGCUUCCAGAAGGAGCAGUGAAGCCACCAGCAAAUAAGUAUCCUAUCUUCUUUUUUGGAACACAUGAAACUGCCUUUCUUGGACCAAGAGAUCUUUUUCCUUACAAGGAAUACAAGGAUAAAUUUGGAAAAUCAAACAAACGAAAAGGAUUUAAUGAAGGCUUGUGGGAAAUUGAGAACAAUCCUGGAGUUAACUUCUCUGGAUAUCAGGGAUUGUUACCACAAAGUUCUUCAGAAACUGAGGGUGAAGGUGGUAAUGCUGCAGAUGCCAGUAGUGAAGGUGAAGAAGGUGAUACAGAAGAGGAAGAUAACAAAGAAAAAAGAAAACCUGAAAAAGCUACCACAAAGCGAAAGAAAAAUACUGUGUCAAAGAAAUCAUCAAAGCUGUCGCGAAAAGUUGCAAGAGAAAACGAAGAUGAAAAAGACAAAAAGGAAGAAAACAAAACCACUUCUGGGUCUGCAGAUGUGGGCAGUAAUACAAAAAAUUCAUCAGAAUCCCAGAAAACAAGUGAUGGGACAUAACUAUCAACCUGUGGAUGGAUUGCAAAAUACUGCAGAAAUCUUAGUAUUGUUAAAUGUAAAUCUGUUGUCAUACAUGCUUGGAUUUGUCCUAUAAAGCAUUCAUUUUGCAUUAGUCCUGUAAACAGAGCUGCAAGUUCAUUAAUACACCUUUCUCAUAUAUCCAUAGCUAUGGAAUGUAAGAAGAGAAGACACAGAAACACUUACUUAGGAAGAUUUUUAGCUUCAUCUAUUUUGACUGCCUCAAAAGGUACCCCAAAGCAUUCAUGGGAAUUUCAGUAGAAACCUUUUAUUGUUACGCAAUUAUGAUCAUGUAAAUGUAUUUGCUUUUAGGGCACACACUACCUUUGUUAUGGCAUUUUACAUUGCAAAGGACUACAGAAGCAUACCAAUCCCAUGUGAAUAUGUUUUAUAAUAAAAUUUCCUGGCUGCAAAGACCAGUUACUGUGAAUGCAACACAGUUAUUCAGCGGUCAGUAAUUGUAACCAUGAAGCAAAAACUGAACUUUCUGUUUAUAGGCUUUGAUUGAAAUUAAAUAUCUUCUGUUUUUAUUUAUUUUUUUCCAGAUGAUAGCACUAGAUAUAGUAGCAUUUCUCAGAGAACAUGUUGCAUCUGUUUAUAUCUGUAACAGCACAGUACUGGUAUCUUUAGCUACUCUGAUGAGAUACUGGUUGCUAGUUUAAUUGUCGGGGAAAAAAGUUGAGAUGAUGUCUCUUAAAAAAGAUGCAUAUUGCAUUCUUACUUUGAGAAAGUUCUUGCAGUAAGUGUUGCCGGUUCUACGUCUGUCAGUUUUCUUAUCUGUCUCAUGGCAGAUGUUUCCAGUCAUGCUGAAAAUAUCUGUCCCUUGAUGGUAUCAGUGUUGGCAAAUGUAUGCAUCAUAUUCAGAAUGCAGGCUUGCAUGUUCACAUUUCUUCUUGCUUCAUUCAACUGUCUUUGUUCAAGCAGUAACGUUUGUAGCAUCACUCUGAUGAAGUAGAGUUAAUAAGACAAAAAUGCUCACUCAUUUUUAAUAAAGAUUAGUUUUUCCUUGA